AUGGCCGUCACCGUCGGUAUUGCUGGUAUAACUAGUAAAUUCGCCCGUCUUGUGUUGAAGAACCUCCUCGAACAACCGGAGGUUAACAUCUGGGGCUUCUGUCGCAAUCCCAAAAAGCUGCCUGAGCACAUCCGUUUAUCAACCUGUGUGACCAUCGUUGCAAGAGGUGCCGGUGACUCCAGUGCAUUGCGUCACUUUGCGAAACGUUGCGAUGUAGUUAUUUGUUGCUAUUUAGGGGAAACCACACUCAUGACAGAGGGGCAAAAGCUCCUUGUUGAGGCAUGCGACGAGGAGAAUGCUCCCCGUUACAUCGACAGCGAUUAUUGCAUUGAUUUUACGAAGCUCGAAUAUGGCCAGCACCCCGCCAAAGAUCCCAUGAAGCAUGUAAAAGCACACUUAGAAACAAAGCAAAACGAGUGCAAAUUAUCUUUCUACGGAACCGGGGUCGAGGUUUGGGAGUCCACCACAUAUGCCACCGCGGCAGAGUAUGCGAUUGCUGCUGAUCGUACUGCUGUUGGAAUGCUUCACUUCCUUGGAGACCGGAAAAGCAUUCACCAAAUCGCGAACGAAUUUGCUGAGGUUCACGGAAGACAGCCUGUGCUUAAUAGUCUCGGCUCGCAAGAUGACCUGUACAACACCAUCCAGGCGGCCUUCCAAAAAGUCCCAUCUAACAUCUUUGCAUAUCUUGCAUUGUAA